AUGAGUUCAAAAGCUGAAACAAAAGGUGAAUCCACCCAUGUGGAAAACUACAACAUGGAUGAAAUCAAACCAACAAUAUCACAAACAGAAUCAAUAACCAAACCUGAUGUUCCAAUAAUAAGUGAAGAAUUACAACAUAAUUUAGAAAUCCCAGAUUCUUUAAAACAUUUAUCAGAAGAAGAAUUUAAAGCUUUGGAAAUCAAAACACGUCGUAAAAUUGAUUUUAGAAUCUUACCAAUGGUUGUAUUCAUUUAUAUUUUAAAUUAUUUAGAUAGAAAUAAUAUUGCAAGUGCAAGAUUAGGUGGUCUUGAAGAAGAUUUAGGCCUAAAGGGAAAUCAAUAUCAAACAUGUAUUUCAAUUUUAUUUGUUGGUUAUAUCUUGAUGCAAAUUCCAUCAAAUAUGAUUUUAAAUAAAUUAGGUAAACCUUCAUUAUUCAUCACUGUUAUUAUGACUGCUUGGGCUAUUAUUUCAACUUGUACAGGUGCUGUUCAAUCUUACAAGGGGUUAAUGGUUGUUAGAUUAUUAUUAGGGUUUGUGGAAGCUGGGUUUUUUGGAUCAUGUUUAUAUUAUCUUUCAUGUUGGUAUUCAAGAAAAGAAUUAGGUGUUAGAAAUUCAAUCUUAUACAGUGGGUCCCUAUUUUCAGGUGCAUUAUCUGGAUUAAUUGCAAGUGGUAUUAUUGAAAAAAUGGAUCAUGUUAGAGGUUUAAGAUCUUGGAGAUGGUUAUUUAUUAUUGAAGGUUGUAUCACUGUCGGUACUGUUCCAUUUGCUUAUUUUAUCUUACCUGAUAUGCCAUCAAAUACCAAGUUCUUAUCUCAACAAGAAAAAGAUAUUAUAAUGUGGAAAUUAAGAGCUGAAGUUGGUCAAGAUGAUUCAGAUUCUGAAAAUCAAGAAUCUUAUAAAUCUACUUUAUUAUUAGCUUUAAAAGAUAUUAAAGUUUGGUGUGUUACUGGUAUUUUAAGUUUUAUUGUUAGUGCAGCUGGUGUUACAAAUUUUUUCCCAUCAGUUGUGGAAACUUUAAAUUUUGAUAGAUUUACUACUUUGGGUUUAACAGUUCCACCAUAUAUUUUGGCAGUUAUUGCAACAUGGAUUUGGGCAAGACAUGCAGAUAAAACAGGUGAAAGAUUUUGGCAUGUUGUUAUUCCAUUAUUUUUCUCAUUAAUUUCAUUUAUUAUUGCAGUAGCAACAACAAAUGUUGGUGCAAGAUAUUUUGCAAUGUGUUUAAUGAUUCCAUCAAUUUAUUGUUCAUUUACAACAGUGUUAUCAUGGAUGUCAAAUUGUGUUCCAAGACCUCCAUUAAAAAGAGCUAUUGCAUUAUCAUUAAUGAAUUGUUUAUCAAAUUCUGCAUCUAUUUGGAAUUCUUAUCUUUAUCCUUCUUCAGCUGCUCCAAAAUAUUUAAUUGCAUUUGUUUGUAAUUGUGUUUUUGUUGUUUGUGCAAUUUGUAUUGCUUUAAUUUUAAGAACAAGAUUAAUGGUUUUAAAUAAUAGAAUUGAAAGAGGUACAAUGAAUUGGGAAAAAGAAUUGGGUAAAGGUAAUGAUGGAUCUAAAAUCACACCAGAUUUUAGAUUUUUAUUUUAA